AUGGCACCAAACCACAGGCGUACUAUCCGUCAGAAGAAAGCCGAAGCAAGACAUGAUUCGUCAAAAUUCAAUGCACGAACCAUUUGGUGGCUAUCAACCACAGGCUAUCCCUCCGAGUCAACCCUCGAUGUUGCGCAUGGAUCUUCCCCCACCCGGCUUCAGCCUUCACAUAUUCCUCACUUUGCGCCGGCUGGUAGAACAGAUGUUCGAGUUGGUGGUGAGGCACAGAUAUAUGAUGUCGCAGGCCGUCAGCUCUAUUCAGGACCAUAUCACCAGUACAAUCACAAUAAUAUUUUCAGAGCUUCGCACCACUUCAACUUCUUCAAGUUCGACGACUCAACGCCAACAGAUCGAGAGCUGCGGAGAGUCAAAAUUGACGGUGCCGGUGCUGCGCCGAGGCGUGACACGACGUGA